AUGCUCCCAAUAGUGUUGUUUUUAGUUGUAAUUGUAGUCCGAUCAGAAGACUUUUUUCAUCCAUACCUUCACAGUGGAGUGAUGUUAUCUCGAAUGAAAAUGAUCAGAUACGAGACUAAAAAAAGAGAGAGGAAGUUGUUGAAGAUAGAGAAACAAGAGAGAAAGCUUCAAAAUGCAUUGGAAGUGUUGUACAAUGAUUUGAAGAUUGCUGUUGACAAGAGGGAUAGACUAUUUGUUGAGUCCCAAGUGGUUAAGUUACAACAAGCCAUAACCAAACUUCGAAUGGAGAAGAGGAAGCAACUUCGCUUAUUAAGAAGAGUAACAGAUAAAAUAGCUUCACCAGACAGAGAUAGAAUCGUGAGAAGUACAGGAGUAGAUUACAGAGUUGGUGUUGAACGUACCAGCCAUUUAGAAAGAGAUUUUGAAUAUAAUCAAAAGGUACUUCAUAGAUACAUUAAGAAGUAUGCACAUAAAUAUGCAACAAUGGCUGCUGAAAUAGCAACAGCAAGAAUGAGAGAAAGGUACAGGUCUCGAAAAUUAAUUAAAAAAUUCCACAACAGAAGAUCAAGAAGAGCCCGUGCAACUCGAAGAAUAUAUAACAAAGUAUAUAAAAAGGUAGUAGACAUGAUAGAAGAUGCAACAGCAGAAGGUGUUGAAACUGAAAAAAUCCCAAUGGCGUGCCAUGACGCAAUUGAACACUUUGCUCGAAAACUCAGAAAGAACUAUGUGAUUUUGGUUGUUGGUACAAAGAAUGCAAAGAAGGUCAGUUCAGAGUUGAACAAACACAUUUUACUCAAAGCCCUUCAUAAAGUCAAAAAGCAUGUGAAAAAGCAUUUGGGAAAAAUUAAAAAGGUAUUCACCAAGCCACACAAAGCAAUUCAAAAACAAACCGAAAUUAAUGCAGCAGAAAAACAGAAUCAGAAGUCUUUACAGUCCAUUGGCGUUCAUCAUGACCAUUAA